GGAAGAGGUUGCUGUAAUUUAAUCGGGGAUAAGGAAGACGACCCACCGGGUCCUCGGGUGAGGCUGUGGACACCCAAGAUGGCGGCGCUCUGGGUCUCCGGCUCCGCGAAGCGCAACUCUGGUAUUCUUGCAACGGUGGCUCUGUUAUAUAUUUCCUUCAUGGUUGUGAAUGCCGACUCGAAAGCAGUGACAACAACGCUGACCACCAAGUGGCCAUCUACGCCGUAUUUACUGGAAGCAAGUGAAUUUCUGGCUGAAGAAAGUAAAGCUAAAUUCUGGGAUUUUGUGGAUGCCACUCAAGAAACCCAUCCAGAGGAUCAUGAAGGAAGCGAUACGUUCCACUACAAUUAUAUACUGCGGAAAGCUGGUGAGAUUUUGACUCCUGUGCAAGCCAACCUUCUGAAGUUUGCCUUAUCCCUACGGGUUUAUUCUGCCAUUGUUCAAAUGUUUCAGCAGAUUGCAGCAGAGGAGCCCCCUCCAGAAGGCUGUUCUGCUUUUAUAAAUGUACAUGGGGAGAAAACCUGCAAUCCUGACAGGUUGGAGGUGGUUCUGCAGAGUGCUCUGGAGAGACCCAAACCUUAUUUAUUUAAAGGGGAUCAUAUUAAGGCACCUUUAAGAAAUGAACUUCCAUUUGCGAUUCUCUAUGGUGAGAUUGGUACCAAAGAGUUUUCCAGGUUCCACAAACGUCUCUGCUCCAAAUCAGAUGGAGGAAGUGUCAACUACGUACUCAGGCAUUAUGUUGCUUAUCCAAGUAAGGAGAAGGUGUUCCUUUCUGGUUACGGCGUUGAGCUUGCCAUUAAAAGCACCGAAUACAAGGCCAAAGAUGACACGCAAGUGACAGGGUCUGAACUGAACACCACUGUGAUAAAUGAAAACGAUCCUGUUGAUGAAGUUCAAGGAUUCCUUUUUGGCAAGCUGAAACAGAUGUACCCUGAGAUCAAAGAACAACUGAAGGAACUGAGGAAGCACUUAAUUGAAAGCACAAAUGAGAUGGCCCCUCUUAAAGUCUGGCAGCUCCAAGACCUAAGCUUUCAAACUGCUGCUCGAAUAUUGGCUGCGCCUACAGAUGAUGCAUUGAUGGUUAUGCGUGACUUGAGUCAGAACUUUCCAACCAAGGCCAGAUCAAUCACCAGAACUGUUGUGAACUCUGACGUGAAGAAAGAAGUAGAAGAAAAUCAACGGUUUUUUAAGGAAACUCUGGGUCUGCAUCCAGGUGACUCUGCACUUUUCAUCAAUGGCCUUAGUAUUGAUCUUGACGUGCAAGAUAUUUUCAGUGUUCUGGAUCUGCUGCGCAAUGAGGCUCGCCUUAUGGAAGGCCUGCAUGAUCUGGGGAUUCAGGGGAAGGAGCUGCAUGAACUAUUGAAGUUAAACGUACAUCCAGCAGAAUCUGACUACGGUGUGGAUAUUCGAAAUUCAGCCGUCUACUGGAUUAACAACCUGGAAUUGGAUAGCAAAUACAGAACAUGGCCUUCAAGUGUUCAAGAGCUUUUGAGACCUACGUUUCCUGGAGUUAUCCGACAGAUUCGGAAGAACUUCCACAACUUUGUGCUCAUUAUUGACCCGAUGGAUGAGAGCACUCCAGAGUUGUUGACAACAGCUGAAAUGUUUUAUAUUAAUGACAUCCCUCUUAGGAUUGGCUUGGUCUUUGUGGUUAAUGACUCUGAUGAUGCUGAUGGCCUAAAAGAUCCCGGUGUCGCACUUCUCAGGGCUUUUAACUUUGUAGCAGAUGAACUGGACAACAUGAAUGCCUUUCAGACAAUCAUGUCGAUGUACAACAAGGUGACACCUGGUGAGAAAUUGUCAAUUGAGCAUAUCAUUAGUACUUUGGAAAAGGACUUUUCGAACAUAGAAGUGACCAGUAUCUUGGGAUCAGAUUCAGCAUACGACCGAAAUAGAAAGGAAGGUAAAGAUUACUAUAAACAAACCGGCCUAGGCCCUCUGCCCAUUGGACUCUACAAUGGAAUGCCUUUCCCGAGGGAUCAACUGGAUCCUGAUGAACUAGAAACAGUGAUGAUGCACAAAAUCUUGGAUAACACGGCCUACUUCCAGAAAGUUGUUUACUUGGGUGAACUGAACAAUGACCAAGAUGUUAUUGAUUUCACAAUGAAUCAACCGACCAUUGUUCCAAGGAUCAAUCCCAGGAUUCUCAGCUCUGAGAGAGAGUACUUGUCUCUUUCUGCCAAUGCUAAUGAUGGUGUGGAUGACUAUUCCCGUUUUGCGCUGUUGAAAUCUGAGGAAAAGUCUGUAGCCGUGGCCGACAGUAUAUCCUACUUAUCUAAAAGAGGGAUUUCUUCACGAGAGAUCUAUGAUGAUAAGUACAUUCGUCCACUUACAUUUUGGGUCAUUGGAGACUUUGAUGACUCAUCAGGGCGGCAGUUACUGUAUGAAUCCCUUAAGCAUCUGAAAUCCAGCAAUAACCUGAGAAUUGGUUUGAUAAAUAAUCCAAGCAGUGAACCCACCAAAGAGAACACUGUCAUUACCAGAGCCAUCUGGACUGCACUUAACACACAAAACGUGAACAAUGCUAAGAACUUCAUCACUAAACUAACAAAAGAAGAGACGGCAAAAGCAUUGGCAGAGGGGGCAGACAUCAUGGAGUUUUCUGUAGGAGGCAUGGACAAUGCAGUUUUCCAAAAGAUGUUUGAGAGUCUCAGUCUGGAUUUCAUUUUGUCACAUAGUUCUUUUUGCAAGGAUGUAUUGAAGAUGAACAGAGGGCAGAGGGCCAUCAUCAGUAAUGGACGAAUUGUUGGUCCACUGGAAGAAAGUGAAAUCUUUAAUCAGAAUGACUUCCAUCUGCUGGAGAGUAUUGCUUUUGAGGCUGCAGAGAAGAUCAAAACAAAGGUCCACAUGCUAUCCAUUGAGGAAGAUUCUGCUACUGAUCUAGUAAUGAAAGUGGACUCACUAUUGUCAUCUAAGUCCAAAGGAGAAGCACGAGUUGACCUCCAGUUCUUUGAGGAACGACUCAGUGCUGUUAAAUUACGACCGAAAGAAGAUCAGGUCUACUUUGAAGUGACAGCCAUAACUGACCCUGUAACUAGAGAUGCUCAGCGGCUUUCCCCGUUCCUGCUGGUUUUAAAUCAAUUGAUCAACAUGAAUCUUCGAAUAUUUAUGAACUGUCAAGCAAAGCUUUCGGAAAUGCCUCUGAAAAGUAUUUACCGGUACGUUCUGGAACCUGAGAUCACAUUCAAAGCAGAUGGCAGCUUUGCACCUGGUCCAGUUGCCAAAUUCUUGGACAUGCCUCAAUCUCCUCUCUUCACGCUUAUUAUCAACACCCCUGAAAGCUGGAUGGUGGAAUCAGUACACACUUCGUAUGAUCUCGACAAUAUUUAUUUGGAAGAGAUUGAAGGCGGAAUAGCAGCAGAAUAUGAAUUGGAAUAUCUUUUACUGGAAGGACAUUGUUAUGAUGUUUCAACAGGCCAACCACCCAGAGGUCUCCAGUUCACUCUGGGUACAAGUGCUAACCCUGUUAUCGUGGACACAAUAGUAAUGGCAAACUUGGGCUAUUUCCAAUUAAAAGCCAACCCUGGUGCCUGGAUGCUCAGACUAAGGAAGGGACGAUCAGAAGAUAUUUAUAAAAUUUACAGUCAUGACGGAGCAGACUCUCCUCCUGGGACGGAUGAAGUAACUGUUGUUCUUGACAGCUUCAAAAGCAGAAUUAUUAAAGUGAAGGUACAAAAGAAACCCGAAAAAAUGAGCGAAGAACUCCUCAGUGAUGGCAAUGCCGAAAAUGAAGGCUUCUGGGAAUCCAUUAAAAGAGGAUUCACAGGAGGACCAAAAUCUGAAGAAUUAAAAUUGGACAAGGAAGAUGUCAUUAAUAUCUUUUCAGUUGCAUCAGGUCAUCUAUACGAGAGGUUUCUAAGAAUAAUGAUGCUGUCUGUCCUGAAACACACAGAAACACCAGUGAAGUUCUGGUUUCUUAAGAAUUACCUCUCUCCCACAUUCAAGGAAUUUAUUCCACACAUGGCAAAGAAGUAUGGUUUCCAAUAUGAACUGGUACAGUACAAGUGGCCCAGGUGGCUUCACCAACAGACGGAAAAACAACGAAUCAUCUGGGGUUAUAAGAUCCUCUUUCUGGACGUGCUUUUCCCAUUGGCUGUUGACAAGAUCUUAUUCGUGGAUGCUGAUCAAAUAGUUCGUGCUGAUUUAAAGGAGUUGCGUGAUUUGGACCUUGAUGGAGCUCCCUAUGGGUAUACUCCUUUCUGUGAGAGUCGUAAGGAAAUGGAUGGAUAUCGGUUCUGGAGAUCAGGUUAUUGGGCUAAUCAUCUGCAGGGAAGAAAGUACCACAUAAGUGCCUUGUACGUAGUGGACUUGAAGAAAUUCAGAAAGAUUGCUGCUGGUGAUCGACUCAGAGGACAAUACCAGGGUCUCAGUCAGGACCCCAACAGCUUGUCCAAUCUUGACCAGGAUCUGCCUAACAACAUGAUCCAUCAAGUGCCUAUUAAAUCCCUUCCACAAUACUGGCUGUGGUGUGAGACAUGGUGUGAUGAAGCAUCCAAGAAGAAAGCUAAAACUAUUGAUUUGUGCAAUAACCCAAUGACUAAAGAGCCCAAACUGGAUGCAGCUAUGAGAAUUGUUCCUGAAUGGCAGGAGUAUGAUCAAGAGCUUAAACAGUUCCAGAAAUUCUUUCAAGAGGAAAAAUUUAAUGGACAGACUCAUACCAGAACAGAAGGUCAUGACCCACAUACUGAGCUUUAAGCUGUGAAUGUGAGACCAGUUUAACUCUGUUCAAGGAGUUGUUCUUUUUUUCUUCCUGAAUGAAAUAUUCAAGUACGGCAACGAUCCAAGACUGGAAUGAGAAUGUACUGUUGGUGUUGGUUUUAAAAAAAAAAAGUAUAAAUGGGGUUCAGUUCUGUAGACAGGUAAAACAAUGGGAAUGCAAGCAUCAUUGGAAAAUGUAUAGUAUUCACCUCAGGGACAAAGAAAAUCAUGCAAAAUUUGACUGUUUCCACAUGUUUGUCGAAAGGGGGUAUAGGACAGAAAGGAAUCACAAGGAUGAUCUAAAUUCCCAAUAAUAAAAUCACACAAUCAUUCAGUUUGUUGAUUUUCAUAUUCCUGUACUCAAAUUAUCUUGGUUAGUCAGUGCUAUGUUCAUGUGGCUUAUAAUUAAUUUACCCUCCCUUCCCCCAACCCAUGCAAACAUGCGCUAUGGGAUGUUAAAUUGAGGUAUAGGUUGAUUACUUUGUUCGUUUUUUUACUAUUGAAAACAGUUCUGCUCUGGAAGGUGUGAAAUGCAGCUCAAACAGUGUUUAAUGUAUACAUUUUAGAAUGUGGAGCUUAUUGGUAAUGUAGUAUUUGUUGCUUUCUGUCUUACAAUCGAGAAUAUUUUCCAGACCCAAAAGGCAUACAAUGGAAGGCUUCAGUUUGUGUAAUUCCAGUCUAAUUUUCACAGUGCAAGCACUCAAUACGUGCAAGUUUGCUCUUGUAUUUUUCCAGCACAAUCAGCAGUCAAAUUAUUGUCUCCAUAAAUGGCUUAAAGUGCCCUUCAUUGCACAAAUCACUGCUCCUAUGAUGCAUACGUGUUUGCAUUUAGUGCUCUCUGGAUUUUUUGUUUGUUAACCCCACUUCAUGGCAGUGUAACUGGGGGAGAGAAUUCUUUAUUUAUGCUUGAAAAGAAUUACAUGGAAGCAGCUGUUUAUAUCAUCACUGUAAUAGACUGAUAAGUCCAAGGGUAGAAUAUUGCUAUGUCGGCAAUACAAUUUAUGGAAGGAAUUUCUUAUGUUUCACUGUAGAGAAUAUCACCUGAAGCUAGUGGACAAACCUGAACUGGUUUACUUUAAAA